UUGUUCUAUUUAAAUCCCCAGGACGAUUUUUCGACUUUGUUCACCUCUUAAUCAAAAAAGCUGGAACAUCAAUGGCUCUAGAGAAGACUAGAUUCGAAACCAUAACCCCAUCUCGUUUCAUCACCUUCACUUUCCCCAACCCCUCCAACUCAACCACCCUCCUCCGCGUCGCCGUCCUCGACACACCUUUUCAACUCACCGGCUCACCCCGAGUAGCCGCCAUGCUCGUCCCCAAACAACGGGAGUCCGACUGGAUCUUCUCCACCGAGUCCGGUCACCUCCAGCUCCUGCUCAGCUCUCCCGGGAUCGCCCGCCUAAUCCUCACCGGCAACCAGCCCAGCAACGGUCACCAUUCACGGGCAAUCUACCACCGUCUAGCUAGAAACGACUCGUCGUGUGAUGGCGAACUCGGGGUGAGUUUGAAACCUCUUUUCCUUGCUUUAUCUCCUAAGUCUUGCUUCAAACAUGGCAUUCCUGAGAUACCCAUUUUGAGUUAUGAGGAUAAUGUGAUUUGUGGUGUGGUUUUGGAGAGGUGUGUUGGGUCUUUGGUUGGUGAAAUGGUGGUGGAAGAUGUGGAGAUUGAGAGUGGUGGUGAGGCUUCAAAGAGGGAGUUCAGGAGGCGUUUGAGGUUUAAAAGAAUGCCCAAUUUGGUUCAAACGGAGGUACGUAUUGUUCCCAACAUGGGUUUUGGUUUGGAUUAUGUGGAAAUCGGAGAAGUAGAGUUUAGGCUGGAUAAUAGUAUUUUAGUGCACCCUUAUUUGGUUCCUAUGGUGGCAAGUCUUCAGUUGAUUGCUUCUUAUAUUGAGGGUCGGAUUCGAAGUGGGUUUAGGCCGAAAGCUUUGUGUUUAGGAGUUGGGGGUGGAGCUUUGCUUGGAUUUUUAAAAGCCGAACUGGGUUUUCAGGUUGUGGGUGUGGAGGCGGACAAGGAAGUUUUAAGAGUUGCUAGGAAGUAUUUUGGACUGGAAGAUGGUGGCGGUGAGCAUAUCAAUGUUUGCGUUGGAGAUGCAAUAAAAGUUAUAGAGAAACUUGCGGGUCGAGGUAAUGGACAAAGUUCUGGUUCUGUUGGUGCUCAUGAGAUAGUGGAUGAUUGUGCUGUGCUCGAUGGCAAUGACGUUGAUUCUAAAUUUAAUGUAGUGCUAGUUGAUUUAGAUUCAAGUGAUGCUGGAGAUGGUAUAAUUGCUCCACCAUUCGAGUUUGUUAGGAACGAUGUUCUUUUGGCUGCCAGAUCAGUUCUUUGUGAUAAUGGGAUCCUUGCUAUAAAUGUUAUUCCUCCAAAUAGAUCAUUUUACACAACAUUGAUACAGGAGUUCAGAGAAGUUUUCCACGAGUUGUAUGAAAUCGAUGUUGGAAAUGGGGAAAAUUUUAUUCUUAUUGCUCUUGUGUCCCCUGUUACAUCUUCUACCAGUGAUUGCGAGGAUUGCUUCCUUAACAAACUAAGAACGGUUAUAUCAGGAGCAUACAUGAAUUCUAUAAAGAAGAUCUGAGAUGGGGUGCAAAGAGAAGGUGGGAUGAUCAACCCCUUGGGACCCAACAUAUUUUUAUCACUCCGCUUCUGGAUGGAUUGGGGGACGGAAUAUGAAUGUAAGAUAGCAUUGUCUUCUCAAUUUUAUACCAAUUUGUUUUAUCACAAACCAAUUAUAAUUAUGGAAAGAAUAAUAAAAUAACUUUUCUACGAUAGCUUGCGUCUGAACUUUCCACUGUACCAAACAACUCAACUGAUGAAGAAUCCCCACCAUACCUGCGUACUUUUCAUCCUUCCACUUUCCAUUCCCCUUACCUAGCAUAGUGUAAAGGUCUAUGGGUUGGGGAAGUUUAAUUGUGGGCCCUCGUACUCAAAUCGGAAACAUGCCCCAGCAAUGUUCUUGGGAACUCCUUAAGUGCUCCCUAGAGGAGAAUUCCAGAAUUUAGGUAAGAAGUUGAUUGGGAUAGCAUGCUGGAGAGGCGUUUUUCGGAAAUGGCAAAGCGUGUGGUGGUGGCAUCGAAUGUGGAUGUGGCCCUGGCAAAGAGUUGGAUUAAUGAAAACAACGUCAACGGGAUUUGUUUUCUCCUUGUCUAGUGAUUACAAGUGUUUUCGCCGAAUCAGUAAUUCGUAGUCUUGCUUUCUCCAGUCUCCCAGCGUGGAAGGGUAACCAGGGAAACCCUCUGUCAUUCAAUGAGAAAACUUGGAUCGAUAGUGAUGGUACCACUUUGCAGGUUCACUAGUUGAACCCAGUUGGAGAUCAUAAUUUGGUCAGAAGCCCCUGAACCAUUGAACUUACAUAUUGAAGCAAAGGAUAAGAGGCACACCUUCAUGCAAGGCCUACACGCAUUUGUUUGUGCGCCACCUGUAGAGGCAAAAGGAUUGGGAGGCGUGUUUAAGUUUUCUCCUCCCAUCAUCUGAACAACAACUUUCAUUGAAGGAUGAUUGACUGGAUACCAUUGGAUGCACCAGAAUCCUAGAAUUGCAAGUUUGUUUGGAAUUUUACCAUAUCCUUCUUCACCUAUAUGGAUUCGUAGGUCAUCUUCCUCUUCUAGAAGAUUAUAAAUCCAUUUAGGGUACUAAAUUUCAUUGGUGUUCUCUGUGGGUGAACUAACAUUCGUCCCUCCUCCUACCAUCUCAAGCAGUAGCAUUCCAAAACUAUACACAUCUGACUUAUGGGACACAUUUCUAAAGUUCCUGGAGAACACUUCAGGUGCAAUUUAGCCCAUGGUCCACCUAUCUGUAGUCAUUGACGCUGUUUUUAUCCUUGGAACAUAACUUUGCUAAACCAAAGUUCAAAAUCUUUGGAGUGAAGUGGUGGUCUAGCAAAACAUUACGAGGUUUGAUAUCAAAAUGAGGAUUCGCCAAUCA